UUACGAUCCGCUCUUUUUCCUCUUCUUCGACUUCUCCUGCAAAGCUCGUUCACGUUUGACAGUAUCUGUAGACGUGGAUAGGUUCUGGCAGAUUCUUGUGCAGAUAGGAGUAGUUUCUCAAGUACUGUCACGCAAGUUUGCCACGAAUGUGGGGAUCUGUGGGUGCGAGCCUGCGUAUUAUCUCGCCUUACGGAUACUGAUACCGAAGGAGUUGAGAAGAGAAGCUCGUCGGUAACCGAAGACGACUCGUUUCCCAAUCUCUGACGUGUUCUCUCAAAUCCAUCUUUAUGGACCAACCUGGAGAGUUGAGAAAGAUCCGCGAGUUUGAAUAGUGAAUGUUCGACAGGGUUCUGGUCGUAUGGUGUUCUGCAAAAGUUUUGAGUUUUGUUCCGACAUCAAACUGAAGUUGAUUGGGAGCUGAUUGAGAAGCAAUGACACAAUCGAUGGGAAUGCGAGCUGCGAAGUCAGUUCCUGUGGUGGCCUGGGCGAUUCUCACUGCCAUUCUGGUUCUCAGAGAGUUGGAGAAUGGGUUGAGACUGGUGGAGAGAGGUUGCCCAGAGAGAGCUGCGUACUCUUGGAGAUCCAACAUCGCACCCUUAGACAAGUUCCUCUGCAUGGCCACGAAUUUCUUCGUGUACGCCUCGCGGUCGGACGAUGGCAAGUGGAUAACCGGAUAUGCCGGAACACUCCUCGUCUCCGUCCUGGCCUUUAUGGCUGUUGAAGGUUCCAGGUUGAAGUCAGGGUUGUUUCUCUCCGUUACCUGGAUCUACAGCAUAAUCUCCCAAAUCACGGGCAUGUCCAUGUCCUUCUGCUUGCUUUGGUUACCCAUGUACUUCCUUUGUGACGCUGGAACUCGCGAUCAUAACCAGGCAUGGAAGAAGAAAAUCUCCUUGCCUCGCGUAUCCGCAAUAGCCUUUGCCUUCCUCUUUCUCUGGCUCACCGCCAUUGCACUCUUCUUCCCUCUCAAGACAGACAAGAAGCAGAUAGUGUGCUUGAUUUUCUUCGCAAUGCCAAUCGCAGUCAAUGUAGUGCAUCUACCCUUCGCAACACCCUUUGAUGCGCCGCAGCAGAAGGGCCAUAAGGGUGUGAUCGCAUUGCAUCUCCUGCAAGCCGCAUUCGGACUCACAUGGCACCUUGUUGCACUUUUGUAUGUAUUCUGCGACCACGACAUCCCUAGCCGAGUUAUCCAGCUCUUCAUCUCGCACAGAGCUGAAGAAUGGCCUGCCUAUUUCUUGUUGAUCAACUCUGUCUCGCUGUUCCUAUCUUUCGUUUACCUUGCGGCAGUUGAAGACGGACCUCUAAUCGCACUGAUUGAAUUCAUCGGAGCUUUCAUCUUCGGGCCGGCAUUCGUUGUCUCAGCUCACUGCGUCUACCGAGAGCAGUGCAUUUCCAAAGCAGUUUCCAGCGCUAGAAAAAAGAGGAAAGUUUGAAGUGCUUCAGUACAUGCUUGUAAAGGAAUCAAACUAGCAACGAGAGGAACUCAAGUGACCUGGAAUCUUCAGAAUGAGAUAGCGAUCAGAGCACAGGUCAAAGCAAUAAAUUCUCUGGGAUUGAGUGGAGUUUCUUUGCAAGGGACGGGACAUCCCAAUUAUCCUUACGUUACCUGCAAGCCCGUGUGCUUCGAUCAAAUCCAUCAUUGUUUCUGGACCUAAAUGAUCGGCAAAUUAGGGCCAUCACGGACAGGCCAAACAUAUCUUGGACGAAGGGGUGUCAUACAACAUAGCAGCUUGUUACCACGAUGUCCUUAGCUAUGCUCAUUCUCAAACCACGCUAAAACGCCGUUGAUGUUGCGAUGAAUUGCCUCCGAUGUGCCGUUGGGAAUGUCCAGGACGUAGUAAGCAAAAAAAGCCUCGAAGAUACCUGGAAUGGAGUCUGCAACUACAUCGCAGAAGAAGUGACGCCCUAGGAUGAUGCGGGAGGAUGUUGUGGCAACCGCCCAUGCCGUGAGGACGCUCCCAAAAAAGUUUACGAUAAUAGCUUCAGCAGUCGAUUGAAACUCCUUCAUAAUCACAAUCCGCUUCUCAAGUUUGCGUUCCAGAUACGGUAACCACACCCGGUGCGAUUGGUCUUUCCACAUUGGGAGGUACAGACCGAACAUCGUCAUCAACAGCAACACCCGCGUGGAGUGACCACUUGGAAACGACCAAUGGUCCACUUGGACUGUUACAAAGUGUUUACGGUUGUACUUUGGCCGCGGCCGACGCACGAUCUUCUUGAUGAUGGACACGAUGAUCAAGUCGAACAGGAAGGCCAUGAACAGAUUGAAGAAAGUGCGAAGCUCAGGGGUGAGUCUGGGCUCAGGAGCCAGGAACGUUGCGGCCGCCCAAGGGAUAAGGAAGUCGCCAUCGCCAGAGAACUCCAAGGUUCACAAGAAUAUUCAGAAGAAGAUUCCCAAGCCAUGUUCAUGCACCUACGCCAAGAACUUCCUGUCAAGCGCCACAACAUGGUCUAACAAGCUCAGCUUUUCCACGGCCUUAGCGAGCUUUGUUUGCAGACUUGGCGACGAUUGGCAAUUAGUGAUUAUCGGCUCCAGUUGAAGUCGUGGCGACUGUGGCUCUGAAGACCUUCCUCGCAGCCUUCUAGAGACUCGUCGCACCAUAGCUCCCACGCAGCAACCGAAUCCCUUGUUCAAACCCUCCAGAGCACGGUCCCAGGCUCAUAAAUCCAAGUCUUCAGAUAUUCUCUGCCUCAGCUACGAAUCAGACCACAGAUUGGCCUACCUCAGAACUUGACUCACAACCAGAAGCUAUCAUUCGGGUUUUCAGUUACAAGAGUUACCCACGAUGUCGAACACUCUCUUGUCCCGCUGUAAACAUCCGAUGCCCCAGCUUAGGGUGUAGCUACGGAACCCACACUACACUUCAUAAUGUCAAAACUCAAGUCAAUGAUCUCCAACCUCGUCCUAACCGCAACAGCAUCAUAACUGAGCAAGACAGCAUCAUUACUGCGAUCCAUGCCCACAUUUCCCCUCAGCAGAAUUUAGGGUAGCUUUAGUCUUCAAGAGUCAGGACAAUGAAGAAUCAAUGGUUUAUCUCGUAGAACAAUUGGUAGCAGGAUCGUCGACGUUCUAGAUCUCGUCAUCGUUGAAGAUAGGAUGCGUCGCCAGACCGGUGAACCUAAGUCACGAGUCGAAGAUGCCGAGUCUACGCAUCGACCGAUCGUCAACAGGCAUGGCGAUUCUGAUGCUCGCUCUGAUCGGAAGUUCACCGGCACUUGCCCGACAGUCAACCCCAGAUUAACCGAAACUGUUUCUCGUGCUUCGGAGGACCUUUUUCACAAAGCCCCGGCGAGUCGAAGCCAUCUCCAUCUGCCACCUGACUGCGCUGUUUAUCUCAUUAGAAAGGGUCAUAGUAAUUGCUAACCUCGGCAGUGUAUUUUACCCAAGUGAAAUGAAGCUUAGAGAAGCCUCGUAGAAGAAAAACAGAAGCGUCACCAGCGGGUAAAGGUACAAGCUGAUGAUGCGAAGUCGGAUCCAAAAGUUUGAACAUGAGCAGUGACUGCAAACCGAAAAUCGCUGUGGUACACACUUACUUUAACGAUUUGACGCUAAUGCAAAUCCUGCCACAGUAAAUGGGUUCAAUUGAGAUUGUUCA